GAAUAAAUUCUCUCCUAAGGACAGACCUGAAUAUCCAAUUUCCUAGAGGCUGACUCAACUAGAAAUCAUGGCAUUUGAUGGUACUUGGAAAGUAGAGCGGAGUGAGAACUAUGACAAGUUCAUGGAAAAAAUGGGUAUUAAUGUGGUGAAAAGGAAGCUUGCAGCUCAUGACAAUUUGAAACUGAUAAUUACUCAAGAAGGAAAUAAAUUUACAGUCAAAGAAUCAAGCACUUUUCGAAGCACUGAAACUGUUUUUGAGUUUGGUGUUACGUUUAAUUACAGCCUAGCAGAUGGAACCGAACUGAGUGGGUUUUGGAGGAUGGAGGGAAAUAAACAUGUUGGAAAAUUCAAACGGGUAGACAAUGGAAAUGAACUGAAUGCUGUCCGAGAAAUCAUAAAUGGUGAAAUGGUCCAGACUUAUGUAUAUGAAGGAGUAGAAGCCAAGAGGUUCUUCAAAAAGGAAUGAACAUUGUUCUUGGAGUACAGCCCAGAACACUAACUGAAUGGAGAAUCUAUAUUACACCAAAAUUGGUUUUCUUCCCCUAUCAAGCAAAAGCUACUGACUGAUUAGUCCUUUUAUAAGUAUUGGCCAAUGGCUUAUGUUUCUAGUCUUGCCAAAGCAAAAGAAGUAAAAUCUAAUCAGGAUUUAACUUUUUCUACAUUCUCUAAGAUGUACAAUUAUUGGUGUUCUAAAAUAAUUUGUGACAUUUUAAAAAACAAAGGAAUAAAUAUUGUUUCCACAUUGCUUC